CCUCCUCACAGCGACGGCCCCGGUGCCCGUAUCCGAGAUGGCGAAGCGGCGGUUAUUUUCCAGUGUCAGGUGGUGAGAGGUGAAAGGCGUCGGCAGCGGCUCAAGGAAGAUGGCAGAAAGCGAAUUGCAGCCAGAAUCCCCUGAGGAGGCAGCACUGCCUCCUCCUCACCGAAAUUUUAUGAUCCCCAAGAAGGAAAUCAACAUGGUUCCCGACAUGGGGAAGUGGAAACGCUCACAGGCUUAUGCAGAUUACACAGGCUUCAUUCUGAAGCUGAAUGAAAGCAUCAAGGGCAAGAAGCUGACCUGUGAAUACAAAGUGUCUGAGCCAAUUGAAAAGCUGGUUGAUCUCCUGGACACGCUUGACAGGUGGAUUGACGAGACCCCACCGGCGGACCAGCCAUCUCGCUUUGGGAACAAGGCUUUCCGGACGUGGUACACCAAACUGGACCAGGGGGCUGAGAACCUGGUGGCCACUGUGGUUCCAAGUGAGCUGUCAGAAGCCAUCUCCGAAGUGGCAGUGUACCUGAAGGAGUCCGUGGGCAACUCUACUCGUAUUGACUAUGGGACAGGUCAUGAAGCAGCAUUUGCCGCCUUCCUCUGCUGCCUUUGCAAAAUUGGAGUACUCCGGGUGGAUGACCAGCUGGCCAUUGUCUUCAAAGUGUUCAACAGGUAUUUGGAAGUCAUGCGGAAGCUGCAGAAGACCUACAGAAUGGAACCGGCUGGCAGCCAAGGAGUCUGGGGCUUGGAUGACUUCCAGUUCCUGCCCUUCAUAUGGGGCAGUGCACAACUGAUAGAUCACCCAAACCUGGAACCUCGACAUUUUGUGGAUGAAAAAAUGGUGAAUGAAAACCAUAAAGACUUCAUGUUUCUUGAGUGCAUCCUAUUCAUUACAGAGAUGAAGACAGGCCCAUUUGCUGAGCACUCCAACCAGCUGUGGAACAUUAGCGCUGUCCCUUCAUGGGCAAAGGUCAACCAAGGCCUCAUUCGCAUGUACAAAGCAGAGUGCCUGGAGAAGUUCCCUGUGAUCCAGCACUUCAAGUUCGGCAGCCUCCUCUCCAUUCAGCCUGUUCCAUCUUAAGGAGGUUUUGGAGGGUAUUCUUUCCCCCAUUUCUGGAAAAAAGAGAGGGGGUCAGAAAACACUGGAGAGAGCAGGGAGAAGGGCCAGAGCUCUCCCCAUUCAGCCCCACCCCCACCCCUCAGGCAAUGCAGUCCAUUCAUUUCCACGGAUUAUUUUUCCCCAACUUUUGGGGGUGCGGGAGAAACCACCAGGAAGAUUUUCUGAUGCUCUUAAAGACCCCUUCCCCUACAUUUUGAAGAAGGGAAAACCCGCCUUGGAAUGUGAUCCCAUGACUUUUAACACUGGACCACAACAGUAUGUGCCCUCUCUUUCGCUUUCUCCCCUCAUGCACAGGACUAUCCUUUGCACCCAAUGCUUUUGUUCUAUUUUAUAUCUAUAUUUUUAAAAAGCUUGCUGUAUUCCAGUCUGGGGAAUCCAGUCUGAUAUCAUCCUGAGGGGCUCCACAUUUCCUGUCUGAGGCCUCCCUAAAUGUUUUUAUUCCUGGUUGCAAAAGGGGGCAUCUGUGUCCCCCCCCCCCCGCCAUAUUAGUUGUGGAUCCUGUCUACAUCAUCAAAACUUGUCUCUAACCUACUUGAGCUGUGACUUGGCUCCUUCACAGAGAAACCAGGGGCUAGUAGUUUAGGGAGGAAAUGGGGUGCUCUCCCCCCCCCCCCGAUUUCCAGUACUGUUGCCAAACUAAAUGUGUUAUGUUUUUGGAGAGAGGCAGGACCAUCAGUUCAGCUUCAAGCUGGUUCAGAUGCAUCCCAUUUCAUGAUCCCCUUGGAGGCAACAUGUUGUCAAGUGCUCCCUCCUGCAGGUUCCUCGCAAACAGGUUCACAGAACAUUUUUGCAGGCACCAACUCAAAAAAAACUACCCUCCAUCCACAUACGAAGAGGGUUUGUCGGGGGUUGAGGCAAAGCUUUUGGGUGAUCUUUGCAAU